UCAUCACUGGCCGCUCGAGUGACCGUAUGUUCCCGCAUUUGUUUUGUUUGUUUAUAGCAAUUAUGGAUCCUUCAAUUAUUGAAUUUAUUGGCGAAAAAUGCAUGAUCAGCAUAAUACCGAACUUCAGCAACGAGCCUCUGCACCUGAUAUACGGACCUGUGGGCCCUUUCCGAGCCGGUUUUCCCGUCUUCGUGCCCCUGUGGAUGGCCACGCAUCUGCGCAAGCAACAAAAGUGCCGAAUUGUACCUCCAGAAUGGAUGGACAUGGAUAUAUUGGAGGAAAUCAAGGAGGAGGAAAAGCGCUCAAAGUUCUUUACCAAAAUGCCCUGUGAGCAUUACAUGGUAGUGGCCCAGUUGGUCAUGAGCACGGCUCCGGAUGACGUUCCGCGUUGCGAGGAGCUGCGCACUGUGAUCAAGGACAUCUUCGACAUACGCGAGUCCAAGCUGCGCACUUCGAUCGACGCCUUUAUCAAGGGAGAGGGCACAUAUGCAAAGCUAGACAACCUCACGCUUCUGGAGAUCCACAGCGUGAGACCCAUUCUGCCCUAUUCCCUGGACCACAUAGCACGGUACCAGCGCACGGCCACUGCGUCUCAAAGGGACACCUCCAUGCUAAGUGCAUCCAUGGCAGGCUCCAGUUCGGGUCCGAACAGUAACUCUCUGUUUUCUCAGUGAUUAUUCCAGUCAAACAACAUUGUUGGGAACAUUUAAGAUAAUAGAUUUAGUUAUUAGCAGGAGCUUAUGUAGCCUGUAGUCAUUAAACCUCUCAAAAGUUCAAAAAUAUUUGUAUGCUUAAAAUUAAAUAUAAAUGCUUUCAGAAAAUUAAAAAAAG